CAGGACACUGCUGUUCCUGGAGGUGCCUGACAGAAAGCAAACUGCUUCCUUGAGCCCAAGUCAUUUGGCCAGCUCAGCCCCCUGGAACUUCCUGGAACCCCCAGGUGUGGUUCUUCAGUGGAGCAGCCAUGGGGUCUGAGGACCACAGCGCCCAGAACCCCAGCUGCAAAAUCAUGACCUUCCGCCCCACCAUGGACGAGUUCAGGGACUUCAACAGAUACGUGGCCUACAUUGAGUCGCAAGGUGCCCACCGUGCAGGCCUGGCCAAGAUUAUCCCACCCAAGGAGUGGAAGCCACGGCAGACGUAUGACGACAUUGAUGAUGUGGUCAUCCCAGCACCCAUACAGCAGGUGGUGACGGGGCAGUCGGGGCUUUUCACACAGUACAACAUCCAGAAGAAGGCCAUGACCGUGGGCGAAUACCGCCGCCUGGCCAACAGUGAAAAGUACUGCACCCCGCGCCAUCAAGACUUUGAUGACCUGGAACGAAAGUACUGGAAGAACCUGACCUUCGUCUCGCCCAUCUAUGGGGCUGACAUUAGUGGCUCCCUAUAUGAUGACGAUGUGGCCCAGUGGAACAUUGGUAACCUGAGGACCAUCUUGGAUAUGGUAGAACGUGAGUGUGGCACCAUCAUUGAGGGCGUGAACACACCCUACCUGUACUUUGGCAUGUGGAAGACCACUUUUGCCUGGCACACAGAGGACAUGGACCUCUACAGCAUCAACUACCUGCACUUCGGCGAGCCCAAGUCCUGGUACGCCAUUCCACCGGAGCACGGCAAGCGCCUGGAGCGCCUGGCCAUAGGCUUCUUCCCUGGGAGCUCACAGGGCUGCGAUGCCUUCCUGAGGCACAAGAUGACACUUAUCUCUCCCAUCAUCCUGAAGAAGUAUGGCAUCCCCUUCAGCCGGAUCACACAGGAAGCCGGGGAGUUCAUGAUCACUUUCCCCUAUGGCUACCAUGCGGGCUUCAACCACGGCUUCAACUGCGCUGAGUCCACCAACUUUGCCACGCUACGCUGGAUUGACUAUGGCAAAGUGGCCACACAGUGCACAUGUCGCAAGGACAUGGUCAAGAUCUCCAUGGACGUGUUUGUACGCAUCCUGCAGCCUGAACGCUAUGAGCAGUGGAAGCAGGGCCGUGACCUCACGGUGCUGGACCAUACUCGGCCCACAGCCCUUAGCAGCCCUGAGCUUAGCUCCUGGAGUGCCUCGCGUGCCUCACUGAAGGCCAAGCUCUUGCGCAGACAAAUUAGUGUGAAGGAGAGCAGACCCUGGAGAAAGGCUGAGGAGGAGAGGAGGCCGAGUCUAGAGAGGAGGCGGGAGCCGACCAGGAGGCCAGGGCCAGCGUCACACCGGAGACGGAGCCAGCCCAAGAAGUCCAAGCCUGAAGACUCCAAGUCUCCUGGUCUGGAUGAGCCUGGGGGCUGUUCUCGGGAGGAGGCUGCUCCUGAGGAUGAGGAUGAGGAAGAGGAACUGUUGCCCUCACAGGGCCCAGAGGCUGAGGGCCUGGAAGAGGAUGGCAGAGGCAAACCCCGACCAACCAAGGCCCGGAGCAAGAAGAAGACCCCCAACCCCCUGUCACCCCUGUUGCCACCUGCCCCACCAGCCCUAUUACCCACUGAGGAGGUCCUGAGACCACAGCCCCCACCCAAGUCUCCGGUGCCGGCCAUGGGCCCCAUGGCCACAGAGGGGGGCCCUCCACCAGCAACCCUCAAUGUGGUGCCUCCUGGGGCACCAGGUGAGGAGGCAGAGGUGCGGCCGCGGCCCAUCAUCCCAAUGCUAUAUGUGCUUCCGCGUACCAACACCGCUGAUGGGGACAGGGAGCGCACUGCCCACCCGCAGUUGGCACCCAUGGAGCUGGGACCGGAAGACGAAAACCAGGCCCAAGCUGGCGAUGCACAGGCACCAUCCUCGUUCUCUAAGCUGAAGGUAGAAAUCAAAAAAAGCCGGCGUCACCCCUUGGGUCGUCCACCUACACGGUCUCCACUGUCUGUGGUUAAACAGGAGGCUUCGAGUGAUGAAGAAGCCUUCCCAUUCUCAGGGGAGGACGAUGUCAGUGACCCCGAGGCCUUGAAGUCCCUGCUUUCGCUGCAGUGGAAGAACAAGGCAGCCAGCUUCCAAGCUGAGAGGAAGUUCAAUGCGGCAGCUGCCCUCAACGAGCCCUACUGCGCCAUCUGUACCCUCUUCUACCCCUACAGCCAGUCAGUACAGACAGAGCGAGAGGUCCCAGCCGCUCCAGGGGACAGUGCUGUCCAGCCACCCUCCAAAAGUGGCCAGAGGACACGGCCACUGAUCCCUGAGAUGUGCUUCACUUCAAGUGGGGAGAACACGGAGCCGCUGCCUGCUAACUCCUACGUCGGUGAGGAUGGUACCAGCCCACUCAUUUCCUGUGCCCACUGCUGCCUGCAGGUCCACGCCAGUUGCUACGGUGUCCGGCCUGAGCUGGCCAAGGAGGGCUGGACAUGCUCCCGGUGUGCGGCCCAUGCCUGGACUGCGGAAUGCUGUUUGUGCAACCUCCGGGGGGGAGCACUGCAGACGACCACAGAGCACAGGUGGAUUCACGUGAUCUGCGCCAUUGCAGUCCCCGAGGUACGGUUCCUGAAUGUGAUUGAGCGCAACCCCGUGGAUGUCAGUGCCAUCCCUGAACAGCGGUGGAAACUGAAAUGUGUGUACUGCCGCAAGCGCAUGAAGAGGGUGUCUGGUGCCUGCAUCCAGUGCUCCUAUGAGCACUGCUCCACGUCCUUCCAUGUGACCUGCGCACAUGCCGCUGGUGUCCUCAUGGAGCCUGAUGACUGGCCCUACGUGGUGUCCAUCACCUGCCUCAAGCACAGAGCAGGCGGCGCUGGGGGCCAGCUCCUGCGCGCUGUGUCCCUGGGCCAGGUCGUCAUCACCAAGAACCGCAAUGGGCUAUAUUAUCGCUGCCGUGUCAUUGGCACCACCGCACAGACCUUCUACGAGGUCAACUUUGAUGAUGGCUCCUACAGCGACAACCUGUACCCAGAAAGCAUCACGAGCAGAGACUGCUUGCGGCUAGGACCACCUCCGGAGGGCGAGCUGGUGGAGCUGCGGUGGACAGAUGGCAACCUGUAUAGAGCCAGGUUCAUCUCCGCGGCUACCAGCCUCAUCUACCAGGUGGAAUUUGAGGACGGGUCUCAGCUAACGGUGAAACGUGGGGACAUCUUCACCCUGGAAGAGGAGCUGCCCAAGAGGGUACGGUCCCGGCUGUCGCUGAGCACCGGCACUCCACAGGAGCCCGGCUUCUCUGCAGAGGAUGUGAAGGCUGCCAAGCGUCCACGGGUGGCUACUACGGUAACCACCACAACCCAGGACACAAGGCACAGCCCAGAAUACCUGGCCUUCGUGGAGAGCCUGCUGCAAGCGCAGGGCCGACCUGGGGCACCCUUCUAAAUGCUGCCCACUCCUGUUCCCACUGCGGGACCUACCUGGGCAACAGAACCAGCAGGAUCCAACAUGGCCGGACUCAGGGAGAGGGGCCAGUGUCCCUGGACUGCAGCGAUUCCGUGGGACCCAUCCUGGCUGUGCUUUUCUCCUAAAGGUGCUACGGGGCAUCCCAGAGCCUCCUGUGACAGACGCCAGCCGAGGACACUGGGGCACAGUCCCAACCUGUUUUCUAGAUUCGUGGCUUUAAACACGGACAGCGACCUACUCUUUUCCUUAGAACCAAGACAUGAGGAGAUUCGUCCUUGUUCGCCGCUUGUGGAGGUCAUUUCUCUCCUCAGCAGCUGGAGAGGAGGCACUCGGACAGCCAGUGCACGGUGGCCUGUGUGGUGGCUGCUGGUAGUGUCUUCUGCUUCCUGCUGGGGAGGCAGGCCCUGCAGGCGCCGAGUCCCUUCCCUGUCCUGUCCCCCGCCCCAUGCAGAGUCUGUCUCUGAGGCCUGGCAUGGCAGCUGCCCCAUGGGUGAGCCAGGCUGCCAAGGUGUUUGAGUCCCACAGCUGUGGCCUGAGGUCCCAUGAGCCUUCCCCCAUGAAAGAGCCUCUUUGUGGCUGAAGGCAGGAGAGCAGGUGCCGCCUUCCCUUGUGGCAUGGGUUGAGUGACUACUCAGGCCUGCUCUUCACUAGUGGCCACUGCCUGUGGGUUGGCUCUGUCUCUUUAGAAGCCACUGCCACCCUAGCGCCUCCGUCAGUCCCCAGCAUGGCCAGCCAGCUCGUCUGUAAAUGAUAAAGGACUGCAUAGACAGGCCCUGGGGACCUGCUGGGGACCUGGAGGGACUGGGCCUCUGCUGAGUGCCCAGUGACCACCGUGUCCACAUGUACUUUGAAAUUCUAUUUAUAUUGUAAAGAGAAUUAAAAGGGCCCAGCCUUGGGCCUAAAGGAAUCGGCUGGGCCACAGGGGCCUCAGGCUGUGACUCUCAUGGGCUCUGCAGAGGCUGCAGGUGGCCCGCACAUGCGUCUCACAGAGAGGCCUGGGUUUUACAAUGUGCAAAACAGAAACAAAACCUCGCUCCUCCCUUACUUUUCUCCCCACCCCAGAUGAAGGAUGCCAUAUUUUUGCCUCAGUCCCCAGCCUCUGGCUCAGGAUCAAUUAAAAGCCUCAAGCACUUCCUAUUCCUGUCUGGCCAUGGCUAUGUUCUCAUUUCUGGCCAGGGCCAGAUGGGCUCAGGACAGAGGUUUCCUUGACAGGAUGAUGGGCACAGCAUGUUCUGGUUUGGAUGUAGGGGCUGCCAGGAGGUGGAACACCCUCCGCAAGACUCCACCUUGCUCCAGUGGCACAGUGCUGAGGCAGUGUGUCCCUGCAGGGUAUGGGGCUCUCCGACUCGCUCAUUUUCAGCAGCUUCCAUUUGCUUCCAAUGCUAGCAGGGACCACAGAUGAGCAGUGGUGUUGCGGCCGAGCACAUCCUGGCCUGCUGGAGCAGAGGGAACACAGCAAACGGCACGGAGGGAGGAUUGGGGGGGCCUCUGGUGGGCUGCAAGGGACACUUGGGUUUGGCCCAAGGGAGGAGGAGCCAACAGUGUACUCACAGAGGGAUCUCAGCAGCAGGCAGCCAGGUGGGGCAGAUGACCCUGAUUUUCCAUUCCUCUUUGAAACAUAGAAUAGACCUUGGAACAGGCAAAAAGCUCUGGAGGAAAGGGAAGGCAGCCCUGAUGGGGACAUGGCCAGGAUCCUGUGGGGGUAGGAUGUUGUGCCAAGAGGGGACAUCUAACUAGCUCUGACCCUGACUGGCAGAUCCUACUGAGCUCAGACAUGAGGCCUGCAGCCCUGGGCCAAAUCUAGCCCUAGACCUGUUUUUUGUCAAUAAAGUUUUAUUUGCACAUGG